UGCUGACGACACAACCCGGAAGCCCCUCGCUGCUGUGCUGUGCUUUGUUUUGUUUUGGUAGUAGGAGUUGGAUAAGAGAGGCGGACAGCAGGCAGAAGGUCGGUCGGUCCGGUACCGGGGAGAAAGAGAAGAAUCACUCACUUAAAUGGGGAGAGAUAUCUCGGGUAUGGAAGAUGAAGGACCGAUAGCAGCCGACGCCUGUAUAAAUAUAAAAAUGCCGAGUUUUAUCAGCAGCAGUUUGGAGGAAGGGAGGCUGAGAUUGUCCCGCAACCUAGCGACGGAAAGUAACUUCACGGACGGCAAAGUUCAGCGAGAUUUGAGCCGGUCAGUCUCGGACGGAGGUGAGGAGAAGAGGAGCAGCGAGGAAGAGGAGGAGGAGAAGGGCAACAACAACAACAACUGCAACGGAGGAGGAGGAGGAGGAGGAGAGAGGAGGAGGGCGAGUGCUGUGGAGAUUUUGAGGAGGAAUUUCGGCGUUUCAAAGUCUCCCUCUCUGCCGACGCUGAGCGACUUCACUCCAACUGAUUCAGUCAUAAGUCAUCGCCAUAGCGACGCCAGCAAGGUCACGUCUGUUACCUCUAAAGAGCACGUCUACUGCACUGUGUACUGUGUCGCCAACGACAGUCACCUCAAAGAUGGUGAAAUCACAGACGAUGACACUGACGCACCAGCAGCAGCAGCAGCAGCAGCAGAAAUGGACGAGGAGACAGAAGACGCGGGUUCGAGUCCCGCGGUGUCUCUGUACACACUGGACGACCUGGUGGACCCUUUCGGUUAUGUGGUGCACCGGUUGUCCGUGAAGGAGCAAGCUGGUGCAGAGACGUCGUCGAUGCAGAUUUGCCGGGUGUGCCUGGAGGAGAAAACCAUCGCACCCUUGCCCUGCUGCAGGAAGGCCGUGUGCGAUGAGUGCCUGAAGCUCUACGUCAGCUCCCAGGUGCGAGUAGCCAAAUCUUACAUCAGCUGUCCGAUCCCAGAGUGCAGUGGCUACCUUGAGGAGGGAGUGGUGAUUUCUCAUUUGGCCAAUGAAGACGUGGCGAAAUACCGUUACUUUCUGGAGUUGAGUCAGCUGGACUCGAGCACCAAACCCUGCCCCCAGUGCAGCGAGUUCACCUCUCUGAAGGCGAGCAACCUCAACCGCUCCGAGCACAAGUACAAGAUCCAGUGUAGCAAUUGCCAGUUCGUGUGGUGCUUUAAAUGCCACGCGCCGUGGCACAGUGGGGUCAAAUGUCGCGAAUACAGGAAAGGAGACAAGCUGCUACGAAGCUGGGCGAGUGUCAUAGAGCACGGACAAAGAAACGCCCAGAAAUGUCCAAAGUGCAAGAUCCAUAUCCAGCGUACAGAGGGAUGUGACCAUAUGACAUGCACGCAGUGUAACACUAACUUCUGCUACCGUUGUGGAGAACGCUACCGACACCUAAGGUUUUUUGGGGACCAUACAUCCAACCUCAGCGUGUUUGGAUGCAAGUAUCGCUAUCUACCUGAUAAACCUCAUCUGAGACGGCUAAUUAGAGGGUCGGUCUGUGCCACUAAGGUGCUGAUCGCUCCAGUGGCCAUUGUGCUGGUCGUGGUGCUCGGAGCUCUCGCACUGGUGAUAGGUUUGGUAGCUUUCCCGGUCUACUAUGUGUGUAAGAGGAGGAAGAAGCAGCGCACGCAGCAGGGUUCCGGACGGUGGAUCUGACUGAAACCUGCCCUCCCUGCACUUCAUCUCUAGACCGCGCACACACAGCUCGAAAGACGACGCCCACAUCUCCUCAGGGAUGAACACGCCAGCCUGAGUCAUCGCAAAAAGUCUGAGAGGAACAUCCCAAAAUUAACAUUGGCUAUUAGAGAAGACCUUUAACUUUGGAAGGAAGUACAUAAACAUAUAAAGCGAGGCCUGGAUAAUCACACGUCAUCACGUCGAGAAUGUCUGUAUCUCACUGGACCGCUGCUGCAAAAAGGAAUGCUGGAUAUUCAAGAAGAAAAGGAGAAAAAAAACAUGCAGAUUUAACUUCUCGAGCAGCCACUGUCUUGAGUGCUCUUCACAUGAUGGAAGUGUUUGAAUCCCCUUAAAAAUCUCCAUAAAAUUUCAGAGCCAUCAGCUAUUUUAAAGGGAUAGUUUGGGGUGUAUUGAAGCGGGGUUGUAUGAGGUACUUAUUCAUAGUCGGUGUGUUACCUACAGUAGAUGAUGGUUGGCACGCCCCCAGUUUGGAUAAUAAUACAAUAUCCAUAGUCAGUAAUACACUGACUAAGUACCUCAUACAACCCCACUUCAAAACACCCAAACUAUCCCUUUUAAGAACUUUCUUGCUGGCCACCUCUUGUCCCGAUACAGGAAGUUUCAGCCGUGUAUGUUUGCAAGCUUUUCACUCUUCUGUCUCACAUUUAACAACAGCUAUCUAUGAAGGAGAACGAAAUCUAAAACACACGUAACAGACAGUUUUGUUUUAAAAGAGCAAGCUUGGAACCCGUUGGUUAGCCUGAUAUGAUGACAUACUAUUGCAGGAUAUUGUGGAUGAAAGGUUUUAAAAUGUUUGAUAUCAGAAAUUAUGAACGCUGAUUGCUGGAAAACGAUAGGAGGAGCUUCACAGAUGAAUAGCUGAGAAAUGUGGGGAAAUAGUAUCUUCUUUGUUGAACUUUUGCAAAAAGCUUCUUCAGCCAUUUGUCAAAAGUGCAAGAGGGAAAUUGACUUUAGGAUCAAGUCCUGGUGGAAAACUGAGUUCUCGCAGAUGCAACAAAGCUGGACAUUGAAUUUGUUCAAUCUCUGUUUGUUGGAAACUCAAUUUUCUUUGGAUAUUGACAAGCACACACUAUUAAGAAUAAUAUGAAGGACUUAACUUGGAGGGAUGGAAGGAUGAUGAUACUUAACUAUUGAAUAACCUGGAUGACUGUCUGAGCUCAAGUUUUUGCUAAACAUUUUGAAAGUGGGGUGUCCCCACCCUGAGAGUGACACCUAGUUUUAAAAAAAAUAUUUGUUUACAACAAAUAUUCAGCCCACUGACCCCAAAAUGAAAUAUUGGAAAUGCCAAUUAGAAGCUCCAUUGUUUUCUGUUGUGGCUGUCCAUCAGCUCCUCCUUCUAUCUGUCCCCCGCGUCCUCCCUGUCCUUUGGUCUCUGUCCUGGCUGGACGGUGGCUCACACACCCUCCCUGCCUGGCAGCUCUUCUCUCUGCCGUGCGCCCACACUGUAUGCCAGUAUCUGCAUCAUCAAAAAAAAAAAAAAAAGAAGCUGCUGUGCGGCAAUUGUGCCAAAACAAAACGCUGAAUGUGGCGGGACAGACACGUUGACCCUGUCCCUUUUGUUAGAUUUCUUUGUUAUUGUUUUUUUGGGGUUGCCGAGGCUUUGGGUGGCGAUGCUGUCGGUGUGUAGUGGAGUCCGCAUGAAGAAAUACUGACUCUGUAAGAUUGUAGGAAUAUGCUUUAGAUAGCUGAAAGCUGCUUAGAAUUAAAAUGACUGAAUUGCAAAUGGUACCUGUAGAUGAACAGAAUGAAGUAUUUAAGAUUUUACGUUUUAUUUCUUUGUAGUCUGGGUGGUGGUUUGAUUAAGAGCUUUAUUUUUUUAAAGAAAUGAGUUCAGAGGUUAUCGACAGGCUGCUGUGCAUUGAAUGUGUGGUAGAUUAAAGUUGGAUGUUGAUUAUUAGGUGAUCAAGUUUUUAAGAAGUGAUGCAGAGAGUUCGGUUUUGCGUCUCAUAUUGCAGUGAUAAAAGGACGUCCGUCUGGAGAGUUUGGAUAGGGGCUUUUAACGUACAUAUAUUUAACUCAUUCACCCUGGCACACACUCCUAGAAAGCACACACGCAGAGUGCUGCCAGGAAACAGGAGAUUUUCAAGAGCUUUAAAGGUCGUCACCUGGCAGCGGCAGCCAGCUUGCUGUCCUUCACUUAUCCCUCUAUCCUCUCCUCCCUGCUGUCAAGCCUCAGUUUGGAAAAUGAGUGCACAUCCACUGAAGCUGUGGCUGCUGUUCAGCCACAAACUGGAUGCUUUUUGAGCCUCUGAUACGUGUGAAUAACACAGAGCUACCUGCGGGGCACGCCGCGGUCAAGUACAAGCGGUUUCCACUCAUGGAGUGAUCAGUUUUUUCUUUUUAUCGCUCCAUCAUGAGACGUUUUACGAAGACGUUUUAAGGAAAACACACAAAAAAAGACGAGGAGAAGCACAAUGUAUCUGCACAUAAAAGAAAAAGAUUGAGGGGAAAUUGCCUCCCAUUGGAAACAAACACGUGCAGUGAAGAUCAAUGCAUUUUAAAUUCUGUGCCAGUGGAGUGUAUCCUGAGUGUUGCAGCACAUUUCAUCACUGAAAUCAGGAUUUAAGGCAUGAAGGAAAAAGCAGGGUAGAUGUACAUGCAUGUUGGACAUCAUUAGCUUCUCUUUAUCCCAGGGAUCUGACACAUUUCCUGUCACGUACAGUGAAACUGUACGUACAAGGACACCAACAAUAUGUUGUGACAAACACUGCUUUCAGUAGGUCCUGACUCUGGGUUUGAAUCCACUCUCAGGGAGUUUGUUUUCUGUUCACUGUACCCAGAGCCCUCCAUCCACAUGAGCUGUGCCACAGAAAUCGCAGAGUCAAAAUGCUUUUCCCGACGGGUUCGCCCAGAGCUGCUUAGCAACCAUAUUUAAUUCCAGGAAGUAAAAAACACUGUAGUGUCAAAAGAGAUCCAAAUAUCUCAGUGAUGCAAAAACACUGUCUGUGUUUCCCAGCAUGACUCAGCUGUUUUGUUGUGAGCGCUGCUUGGGGUUCUAAAAAACAGAACAAGAAAAUAUGUAUUAUAAAUACAUCACUGGGAAAUUUUUAGUUAUGCGCCAAAAAAAAAACUAUUGAAUCUACUGAACAAUUGUUCACUUGCAUCAUGUGCAUACAUGUUUUAUCUAACUGUUCAGCUAGUGCUACACUGACAUGUUGAAUUGCUGCAUUUUUUUUUUUGUUUGUUUGAAUGAAAUAUGACUGACAGUGUGUGAUGGACAUUUGUACUUAAAAUGAUCUUCAGCACAGAGAUGCAUAAAGCAGAGUGAAAUUGCUUUAAUGUACUGUGGGCACUAAUAUCCGCUGCAUUUUACCAGAAACGUUGCUCACCUGAAAAUUCACAGAUGGCAUCUUUGAUCGUUUAAUAAUCAUUUACAUCAUUUAUCGAGUAACAAUACCAAACAUUUGGUCAGACAAAGUACUGGAGUACUAGGAGCGUUGGUUUACAGUCAGAUUUUUUUCCUGGUCAGCCCCUCAUAUCUGAUUUCUUUCACUUUUAUACAUGUACAAGUGUGUUAAUUUCUGCUCAUGUUAAAGGGAUAGUUUGGGUGUUUUGAAGUGGGGUUGUAUCAGGUACUUAUCCAAAGUCAGUGUAUUACCUACAGUAGAGAUGACGGUCGGCACGCCUUCAGUUUGGAGAAUCAGACAGGAGAUACCGCACAGGAGCAAAGCAAUGUACUGCUGUGGACGGGACCGGCAGCAAAAUGUAUUUAGCCACCUAAAAGAAAGGCCCACCUAAAAAAUAUCAGUAUCAGUUUAAGUAUACGCUAUAUUUAGAAUAUUUUUGCUGGUUUACCAAAAUAUUCUAAGUAUAGCGUACAUUUAACGGAUAUUGAUUUUUUUACGUGGGCCUUUCUUUUAGGUGGCUAGAAUACGUUUUGCCGUCGACCCCGUCCACAGCAGUACUUUGCUUUGCUCUGGUGUCGGUAACUCCUGUCUGCUUCUCCAAACUGGGGGUUGUUCUGACAGUCAUCUACUGUAGGUAAUACACUGUAACUUAUGCAACCCCACUUCAAAACACCCGAACUAUCCCUUUAAGAUGCCACAUGGAAAUGCCAUCAUUGCUUUGUUUGUUAUUGUUGUUGUGUUCUUACAUAUUACUGACUUUUCUGUAAACACUAAGCAACUGUUUGGGUAAAAGCUGAACAUGCAAAAAAAAAAAAAAUCAAUUAUGCUCUGUAUCAAGUCACUCAGUGACAUGAGAGUUAUUUUUCCUUUGCCGGGGUGUAUUGGCUGGCUGAUACUCCUGGCCUUUUUGUUUGUGUUACAAUCCCAGUGAUAUUGGCAUAAAUAUGCAAUAGUGCCUUCGCAGCCAUUAUAGAUCAGGGUCCCCUGCGUGACUCCAAAGAUUACAAAUGGGGUAAAAAAUCGAUCACAACCUCACCAAGGUUAUGUGUUAGAACAGCUAGAGCAAAGUGUAAUAUAUGAUAAUAUGGGGCUCCUAAUGUAAAAGACUUUUUAAUAUGUCUAUGGAUCUGUUACCCCAACACACUAUGUGCGGUGCAAUCAGGCUCUCGAUUAAGAAUGUGUUUUAAAUAGCUUAAGAUUGAACCAAACCUCUAAGGUAACCAGAAUACAGGGUGUCAGUUACGUCCCAAAUGCUCAUAUAGUUUUGCACAAGUUAAAACUGUCACUUUAUUUUGGCUCAUACAACCCUCACUCUUUGGACUCUGUAGAUUGAUCCGAGGGAACCGUAGCACGGCGAGCACUGUUUCCAACAACGGAUGACUGUCAUGAGGCUAGUAUGGACAAAAAUGGAAGUGAUCACGUCAAAAAAGAUGUGUCAUUUUCAACAAAUGAUAUGUAGUUAGGGACAAUAUAUCAUGGGUUGAUUUCUACUCAGGAGGCCUGUGUGUUUUUGCUGUAAAUGGUGUAUCAUCUGUAACAUCAAGAUGGGUUUUCACUAUCGCUACACACCACUUUGUUUUCAAGGGUGUUUCUAUUCACAGAAAUGUCUUAAACUUGACUACUGUGCUCCUUGUUUGCACUAAGAACAGAUUCUUCCACCUGCUGCCGCCGUUAUAAAAAUGUCUGCUGAUAUUAUUAUUACUGCUCACUUAACCAGGCACAAAUAUUGUUUUCAUCUGAGGAUCUGAUGAAGAAUAAACUAAACUGGGUCAAAUGUCAAAA